UCACUCGCUCGCUCCCAUGGCGUCGCUUGCUGCUGCUCCUGCCGCGGAUGCUCCCGUCGACGCUAAGACUCUCCCCAAGACUCUCAGUUUCGACAACGUGGAGUUCAUGUCCGCCAACAUGACCGGCUCCUCCGUCGAUCCCAAGGCAGCUGCCUCGAUCUCCGAGGCCCUCACGGGCCUUGGUGCCAAGGCUGGCAACGACGCCAUCAAGGCUGGAGCUGAGCUCGGCGAGCUGGUCAAGGCUGCGGGUGUCAAAGCGUUUGUGGAGUGCGGAGUGGUCGAGCACCUUCACAAGCUCAUUGAGGACCGCAGCACCGCCGAGCCCGCGCUCUAUGCCAUCAAGGGAUGCGCCGAGGCUGUCGGAGCCAAGGCCGAGCCCUUCCUCGUGCCCUUCCUCGCCCCGGUCCUCUCGUGCGUGGCGGACAAGAAGAAGGCUGAGGUCCGCGCUGCCGCUGAGGCUGCCGGCCCUGCCAUCAUCGAGAUCGUCUGCCCUCAGGCGAUCAAGAACGUGCAGGGCAUGCUCUUCGCGGGAAUCGCCGAGACCAACUGGCAGACCAAGAUGUGGUCCCUCCGCCUCCUUGGACAGCUCGCCGAGAAGUCGCAGGUUCCCUUCUCCCGCUCCCUCUACCAGGUCAUGCCUGUUGUCUCCGCCGCCAUGUGGGACAGCAAGAAGGACGUGAAGGAGGCUGCCGAGUACGCAACCCUCAAGGCCAUGGAGACUUGCCAGAACAGGGAUAUCCGUCCCUUCAUCCCUGCUGUGAUCCAGUCCAUCAAGAACCCCGAGGAGAUCCCCGAGACCCUCCACAAGCUCUCUUCCACCGUCUUCGUGCAGUCUGUCGACAACCCCGCGCUCUCCAUCACCGUCCCCAUCCUCAUGCGUGGCUGCAACGAGAAGAAGAUCGAGUCGAAGCGCCGUGUCUGCGUCAUCGCCGACAACAUGUGUAAGCUCAUCGACUAUGCGCACGAGGCCACCACCUUCCUUCCCGAGCUCCUACCCGCCAUCGAGCGUCUCUCCACUGAGAUGUCCGACCCCGAGGCCCGCUCCGUGGCUACUCGUGCCCUCAAGACUCUCAAGAACAUCAAGGAGAGCGCCGAGGCCUUCGAGGCGUCCAAGAAGAUGGAGCCCGAGGAUGUGCUCAAGGUCCUCGAGGAGGCCAUCACCGCCAACGUCCCGGGAACCAAGCUCGACGACAAGACCUUCCGUGUUUCGCUGGAGUAUGUCGCCUGCCUCCUUUCCGGCAUGAUCGACGGCAUGUUGUUCGAGGAGGAGCAGUGGAAGUUCGAGGGAGUCUGCCCCUACCUCGCUCCCUUCAUGCCCCAGGCUGACGCCGAGGCCGUGUGCAAGGCCGCGUACGCCCAGUGCUACAAGUCUUGCGUGCCCAAGGACGCCGCUGAGGACGAGGACGACGAGGGAGAGGAUCUCUGCAACUGCGAGUUCUCGCUGGGUUACGGAGCCAAGAUCCUUCUCAACAACACCCGCCUUCACUUGAAGCGCGGCAAGCGCUAUGGCGUGUGCGGCCACAACGGAUGCGGCAAGUCUACUCUGAUGAAGGCCAUCGCCAACGGGCAGGUUGAGAACUUCCCUCCUCCCGACGUGCUCAAGACCGUGUACGUGGAGCACGACAUCCAGGGCGACCUCUCGGACCUCAACAUCGUCGACUACGUGUGCAAGCUCGUCCCCGACAGGUCCAGGGAUGACAUCAUCGCCAAGUUGGACGAGUUCGGCUUCAAGGCUGACGACUCCUCCCCUGCCAACAUUAACGCCUGCAUCUCCGGCCUUUCCGGAGGAUGGAAGAUGAAGCUCGCGCUCUGCCGCGCCAUCCUGAUGAACGCCGACAUCCUCCUCCUCGACGAGCCCACCAACCACUUGGACGUCAAGAACGUUGCAUGGCUCGAGAACUUCUUGACCAGCCAGGACAAGGUUACCUCCCUCAUCAUCACUCACGACUCUGGCUUCCUUGACCGUGUGGUUACUCACAUCAUCCACUACGAGGAGAACCGCAAGCUCAAGAACUACAAGGGCAACUUGUCCGCCUUCGUCAAGCGCGUGCCCAGGGCCAAGACCUACUACGAGCUCAGCGAUGAGAACAUCAGCUUCACCUUCCCUGAGCCCGGCCUCCUCGACGGCAUCAAGUCCAAGGGCAAGGCGAUCAUCAAGAUGGACCGCUGCACCUACACCUACCCUGGACGCGACAAGCCCACGGUCCGCAACAUCACUCUGCAGGCGUCGUUGUCUUCCAGGGUUGCCGUCGUCGGACCCAACGGAGCUGGCAAGUCGACCAUCAUCAAGAUGUUCUGCGGAGAGACGAAGCCGACUGAGGGUACCGUGUGGCGCCACCAGAACAUGCGCGUCGCCUACGUUGCCCAGCACGCUUUCCAUCACUUGGAGAACCACCUUGACCAGACGCCCAACGAGUACAUCCAGUGGAGGUACAGCUCGGGCGAGGACAGGGAGGCUAACGAGCAGGAGGCGAGGAAGAUGACCAAGGAGGAGGAGGACAACCUCGAGAAGGUCCACGUCAUCCGCAACGAUGACGGCACCGUCGAGAAGCGCAUCAUCGAGGCUCUGAGGUCUCGCCGCAAGACGAAGCGCUCCUACGAGUACGAGGUGAAGUGGCUCAACAAGUCGGAGGAGAACAACACCUGGAUCGAGCGCGAGAAGCUCGAGGAGAUGGGAUGGGGCAAGAUGGUCCAGCGCCUCGACCAGCAGGAGGCGCUCAGGGCUGGUCUGGCCAGCCGCCCGCUGACCACCAAGUUCGUGGAGAAGCAGCUCGGCGACAUGGGCCUGGAGGCUGAGUUUGCUACUCACUCUCGCAUCCGCGGCUUGUCCGGAGGACAGAAGGUCAAGGUGGUGAUCGCUGGUGCUAUGUGGAACAAUCCUCAUAUCCUGGUCAUGGACGAGCCCACCAACUACCUCGACCGCGACUCCCUCGGCGCCUUGGCUGGAGCCAUCCGCAAGUACGGAGGAGGAGUUGUUCUCAUCUCCCACAACCGCGAGUUCACCGAGGCUCUCUGCCCCGAGCGCUGGGUGGUUGAGAACGGAGAGCUGCGGCGCGAGGGAGAGGUCGCUGCGGACGAGAAGAUCGACGCGAGCGCCAACGAGGCUCCUGAUGAGGUGAUGGACUCGCUCGGCAACGUGAUCAAGGUCAAGAAGGAGAAGAAGCUGUCUGCCCGCGAUCAGAAGAAGCUCGAGAAGAAGAAGGCUCAGCGCAGGGCCGCCGGCCUCCCCUCCGACUCCGAGGAGGACUAAAUUGCUUGCCUGUCUUGCUAGAGUAGCGAUGUUGCUCAAGUAAAGACUUGGUUCACAC